AUGCCCCAGAACCACCUGGAGACUGCAGAGACGAAGGAGCCAAGGAGAGAACAUGAGCUGUCACCCGCCGCUCUGGGAGCCCCCAUCUCCCCAGCUGAGCCCAUCAGUCAAGCCUACAGCCUGGCACUCUACAUGCAGAAGAAUACUUCAACACUGCUGCAGACUUAUCUCCAGUGCCAAGGCAGCCCCUUUAGUGAUCCUGGCUUCUCAGCGCCAGAGCUCCAGCUCAGCAGCCUGCCUCCUGCCGCCGUCUCCUUCAAGACCUGGCAUGUGCUGAAUGAUAGGGAGCGUCUGAGCUGUGCCCAGGGGGCCUUCCUGGCCUUGACCCAGCACCUCCAGCUCGUGGGGGAUGACCAGAGUGACCUGAACCCUGGCAGUCCCAUCCUUCUGGCUCAGCUAGGGGCUGCAACACUCAGGGCCCAAGGCCUGCUGGGCAACAUGGCUGCCAUCAUGACUGCCCUGGGCCUGCCUAUCCCCCCAGAAGAGGACACUCUCGGGCUUGUCCCCUUAGGGGCCUCGGCCUUCGAGAGGAAAUGUCGAGGUUAUGUAGUAACCCAGGAAUAUGGCCAUUGGACUGACCGAGCUGUGAGGGACUUGGCUCUGCUCAAGGCCAAAUACCCUGGGUAGAGGA